CCUUAGACACUACCUAACUCUCAGAUUACACCGCGAUCAUCUACAUACCUGCCCUAGGUAGCACUAUACAUACUGGGCACUGCGUAUAGCACCCUUCAUCCACAAACUUCAAUUAAUAAAUGGACGAACAAUGGAUGUGAUACAAUUCCUUUAUUCAUCUUAAUGCCCAUCGACAUAAGCACCAAAGCUCUCCAUUAAAUCCCCCAACCACUGCCACAUACGAAGUAGCACUACAACCCAUUGAGACAACGACAACUAUGGCGGGAAGGUCCCGCUGGGCGGACACAGAGGAGGACGCAGCCCUCGAAGCUAAAAACAAGCGCGAAAGGGAAGAAAAGAAGCGUCUGAAACUCGAAAAGGCACGAAUAGCAGCCGAAGAAGAAAGACGCGCCCAAGAAAAGGCCAAGGCAGAGGCGGAAGCGGAAGCAACCAGGCAACGAGCCUUGCAAGAAGAGCCGCAGAACCAAGAUGGAGAACAGUACGAUAGACCACCUGCUAAGCGACGAAAAUUGACACCCGAAAGGAAUGAGAAAGGAGGUGGCGGAGAAACCGAUAACGAAAGCAAUGCGAAGCUCCUACGGUUCGAGAGUGGCAGCUGGAGCAAGUCGCGCAGCGUCGAGAAUUACGACAAGUUGAAUGACAUCGAGGAAGGCUCAUACGGAUGGGUUGCGCGAGCACGGGAAAUCAAAACGGGCAAGGUAGUCGCGCUGAAGCGUCUGAAACUCGACUCGUCCGACACAACAGGCCUUCCCGACACCGGGCUGCGCGAGAUCCAGAUCUUAAAAGACUGUGAGCACCGCAACAUUGUCCAGCUACGCGAGGUAGUAGUGGGCGACGACACGUCCUCGCGCAUCGAGAACGUAUUCCUGGUCCUAGAGUUCCUCGAGCACGACCUCAUGUCCAUCCUCGGGGACAUGCCCGAGCCCUUUCUGGCGUCCGAGGUCAAGACCUUACUCCUGCAACUCGCUGCCGGUGUCGCCUACCUGCACGAUAACUGGAUCUUACAUCGCGAUCUCAAGACUUCCAAUCUUCUCCUCAACAACCGUGGCCAACUUAAAAUUGCCGACUUCGGCAUGGCCCGCUACGUCGGCGACCCCGCUCCCCCCAAACUCACCCAGCUCGUCGUCACCCUAUGGUACCGUGCCCCGGAGCUCCUCCUCGGCGCCACAACCUACGGCUCCGCGAUCGACAUGUGGAGCGUCGGCUGCAUCUUUGGCGAGCUGCUCGCCCGCGAGCCCCUCCUACAAGGAAAAACCGAAGUCGACGAGCUCAGCAAGAUCUUCGAGCUCUGCGGCAUCCCCACCGACGAAUCCUGGCCCGGCUUCCGCCGCCUCUCCAACGCGCGCCUCCUCCGCCUCCCCAAGAACACCGCCGCCAACACCGGCCCCGUCAUCCGCGCCCGCUUCCCCACGCUCACCUCCGCCGGCAGCGCCCUGCUCACCAGCCUACUAUCCCUAAACCCCGACCAGCGGCCCUCCGCCAAGGACAUGCUGACGCACGAGUUCUUCCGCCAGGACCCCAAGCCCAAGCACGAGGCCAUGUUCCCCACCUUCCCCAGCAAGGCCGGCCAGGAGCGCCGGCGGAAAAGGUCGACGCCCAACGCGCCGGGGCGCGGGCAGAAGGCCGCGGACCUGGGGAAUGUUGAUUUUAGCGGCAUCUUUGCCUCGAGGGAGAAGGAGGAGAGGGGGGGUGGGUUCGCGUUGAGGAUGGUUUGAUACACCCUUGGCUACCUACCCAAGGUACCUAAAGAAAGGUAUUAUCAGAUACCUACUACUACUACUACUACUACUA